AUGCCUCAUGUCGAUAAACACUCGAAUAUAAAGGUUAAGAAGCAUGAAGGUUUACAGUCUUCAGUAAUAAACCGGAAACGGGCAAGAGAGUCCGACAGCGACUCUCCAGGUGAAAACGCAACAAGUGAUGAAGAACCACAGUCGUCUGAAGGAGCUGAAGGAGCCAGGGUGUCGCAAUGGGUUGAUGAUGAGGAGAAUGAGAAUCAUGAUGACUCUGAUGUCCCUGAACCGCUGCUAGCCCAUGAACAGGAAGGGCGUCGUUCUUAUACAGUUAUGAUGUCAGAUCUUGCCUCUCUCUCGUUUGGUGCGCUUCUGAAAGCGAGACGCGCCUUAGCAAAGCAAGCAGCAGAUGAUACAUCAGAGUCAAACGCAUCUACAGAUGAAGAAUCAUCAGAGGAUAGCGAGGAUAAUGAUGAGGAACAUGGGGAUAUUGCUGGCCUGUCUGCUCAGCAAGAUAAGCCAGAACGAAAACCAAUCGAAAAGAGGGCGAACAAGCACGCGUGA